AUGCGCUUCCAACCGCAGCCUCAACCCGAAUCUCUCCGCAGACCCAUCACUACUGUGAGCUCGGGAGACGGUAGCACUCGUGGCCUUACUGUGGCAGAAAGGAAUGAGAUCAGUAAAGCGAAACGAGCGGAGAGAGCUAGAAUACGGUACCAUAGUAUGCGACCGGAACUACGACAGCAGCAAAACGCCAAGCGUGCUGAGUUAUUGCGAAAGGUAGCAUUUUAUUAUAUAUCCUACCAGAGUUAAUU